CUGUACAAUAAUUUUUUGUCAAGACAGGUAAGGCAAUCGACGAUGAUGGACCUCCUGCUCUGUAGCAAGGGGAAUCAGGAUAGCGCAGUAGAGUACCUAGUGAAACGAACUGCACUCUCCAAUGGACCGCCCUCGAUCAUAAAAGAAAUUGGAUAGAGAGAUCUACUUUCAUACGACAAAAUAUGACUACUGCUUACCCGUGACCAUCGUUUUUGACUUUUUCUUUUUCUUUCAGUCUUAUUCUUCUCCUUACUUAAUUACGAAUAAUCAUGGGUGAUUCACGUUGGACCAGAGUAGGACGUCACUCCUACAACACUCGGCAGCACGGAGCUCGCCCUGUCAGAACCCCUGGCGGCAAGCUCAAAGCACAACGCGUAUACAAGACUACGAAUGGACCUAAAUGCAGUGACUGCGGAACAUCGCUACAAGGAAUUAAGCACGUCAAGUCGAGCCAAUACGCAUCCCUUAAGAAGAGAGAACGAACUGUCUCGCGUGCCUACGGAGGUUCUGCGUGUGCUGGUUGUGUCAAGAAGCGAAUCAUGAGAGCGUUUUUGUUGGAAGAACAGAAGGCUGUGAAGAAGGUCUUGGCAGAACGAGCAGGAAAAUAAACAUGCAUUAGUAAAUCACAAUUGCACCC